AUGCAUUCCAACUUUAAUCAGCCAUCUCUUCAAGCUCCCCGUCCGUCGUCAUCUUCUUCCUCAACAACAGUUCCACAAAGCCCUUUUACAUCAUCCACAAGUACGCGUAACUCAAAAUUAGAUCAGAUAAUACAAAAUUUUUAUACAAAAACAGCACAAAUUAUUAUCCAGGCACGCUGCUCACCCAACGCUUGUAAUAACUACAGUCUCGGUUUAGACAUCAAUAAUGCUAAAAAGAGAACGAGUUUGAAAAGUUCAUCAAGUAGUACUAGUAGAAAAUUGAACAAAUGGUUCAAUGUUGCUACGGAAGAUAGCGAUUUGUUAAGAGAAGAGCUGAGAUUUUGGAGAAAUCUAGCUAUACAGACAGUAGAAGAAACUCCGCCAAUGAGAAUCGAUAUUUAUUUGGAUACAUCGCAAUUAUCUUCAACAAAUAAAUCAUUGAUGAUAGCAGAUGAUAAUCUGAGAUGGAGUUAUAUUGAUUUGAAUAAGUCGCAUUAUCCUAUUGAUCGUAUCUAUUUGGAGUCAUGGGAGCUAUCCUUAAGGUCACAUCCAUUUCCUGAUCAUGCUGUGGAUCUACCUAACUUGUAUAAGCGAUCUAUUGUAUUUUUUCGUGCUCUACAUUCUUUUAUUCGGCUACUACCCAGUUACGAACUGUAUCGCAAAAUACAUAAACAUCACUCCAAUACUGCAGGUGAUGAUGAUGCAAUAAGGAAUUUGUUGAGCAUAGGAUAUCGACUAUCCGCAUCGCUACCGUCAGAGCAGCAGCAACAUCCUGAUGUGACGAGGAACGACAUAUCCUUAGAAACCGCUAUUCUCAACAGUGAUGCACGGAAACCCACAAGUAAUUACGAUUUCAAUGAUAUCAUUACGCCUAUUGGUACAUUCAAAUUAAGGGCCAUUUAUCGCCGUAAUUGUGACUUCAAGAUUGAGGAUACAGAAAAGGAUUUAAGCUCGCACUUUAUUGACAUGGAUGAACAGUUUUUUACACCUACAUUAGCAAAAUAUCAACAGCAACAGCAACAACAGCAAUCAAGUAACAGGCCAUCUACGCGUCCAGUAUCUAUGUUGAGCAACCGGUCUCCCCCAACAUCUAUUAACAGUCGAUAUUCUUCCUAUGACAACAAUGAGCAGCAGCAAAGAUUAAGGUCAAACACGUCGUCCUCCACUACUAGUAACAGUAGGCGUGCCUCUGCUACAUUCGUUGUUUCGCCUUUCAAAUCGCCCUUUUUGUCAUCUUCUCCUCAAGCAGAUUGUAUUUUUUCCGUUAGUAACAUGAAAGGAGGAGCUAGUACUAACAAUAAUACUACCGCUGCCAGUCAUCCCGUUAGUACCAGUACUAAUGAAGCAAUAUUAUCCAAUACUUUGAGUACAACCAGUGGCACUAUGAAUACAACGCUUACUGAAGACGAUACGAGUAUAGAUAGUAAUAGUACAACAUCAAAACCUAUAGAGACAGGUACUGGCGGAGGAGGCUCAUCAUUUGGAUCCCGUAAAAUAGAAUUUUCUUCCAGUUUUGAAAGGUAUAAAUCCACCUCCAGCGCAACAAAGAAUCGGCUGAUGUCCGGUUCACCUUCCAGUAUCAGUAUGACACGUCGAUGGUCUCGUACAAGCGACCAAAACAGCUCACUGUACAGUUUUAAUAGAACAGAACAUGAUGAUGAGACAGAUGAAUUAGAGGAUUUUGUGAAAUUAGUAGGUUCCAGUCAAGAGUUACGUAUGUUUAAUCGUAAUAGAAAUGAAUCGGCGACAACGACAGCUACGCCUUCUACUAAUACUAAACACGAACCACCAGUAUCAGAUCAGAGUAAUAGUAAUAGUAUGAUAAUAAGAAAGUCAAUGCUACCCCAUUUUCAGAGCCUAAGAGAAACACAUGAUACCUUGUCUGAUUCAUUAUCUACCAGUAUGAUAAUGUCGCAACAUUAUUCUUCACCGCCAGUACCGACGCCACAACAGCAACGUCAAUUAGCCUUCGUUGCAACCACUACCGUUUCUCAUCAUCAGCCCACGAUAACCUCACCUUUACAUCCGAAAAGUCUUCCUCCACCGCAAACAACGGUAAGUGGCGGUCAUCAAUCUUCAAUAGCGCCACCGAGCCCUACAAAGAAACAAUUCAAACAAGAUGGCUAUCAACAAGUCAACAGCUGUGAUAAGGAUCUAUCCGCUUACUCUACCUAUCCCCAAGAUUAUCACCGUCACCAAGAAUUGCAGCGUUAUCUAUCAAGGCCAAUUUCGUUGAAAAAUAGAGCAUUAUACCAUAGAAAAGAAGAUGACGAGCAGCCUUCUGAUGAAAUCAACAAUAAUAACAACUCAUCAUUGAUGGACGAUGAUGACUCACUUGUUUUCAAAAUGAGUGAAUUGGACACGAACGAACCUUGCUCUUCAUCUAUUACUAAUAUAUCUGCUACAGGUAUACCAGAGAUAAAAACAACCCCUCCGCCUCCAACACAACAAUCACCCUCAUCGAGUAGCAAUUAUCUAGAGCUUACUCCUGCACUAACUCCCCCAGCCCCUUUAUUACAGCGUUUACAAACGUUAUCGUCUGCCAUGUCUGCCGUCAUUGAAGAAGAAGAAAAAAGUAGUAGUAGUAGUAGUAAAAAUACCACCAAUACUUCAUCAUCAUCAUCUACAUCGUCUUUAAAACCCAAUAGCCCUUCAUUACUGCCAUUUGAACCAUGGUAA